GAUUGCUCACCACCAUUACCAAUGCAAUUGCCAUGAUUUCCUCUUUCAAUUGAUCACUUGUCCUCGUCCUACUCAUUCUGACACUGUAACCUAUACAUCCAUAUCAAACACGAAUAUCCCUGAAAUCAACAUCAAGGAUAUUCCAUCUUCCACCCUCCACCGCAGCUCCGAUCUAGAUCUCCAGCAAAGCUUCAGACAAGCCCAUUCCGACUUUUCUGCCACUCUAUCUCCAACAAUGACCAUAUAAAACAAUACUGCACACCACAAAACACCCCCUCAUCGACCAUAACCAACCAACAAUGCUUCUCACCCUUCCCCUCCUCCCCCGCCAUGUCCCCUCCUCUAUCCCUUACCUCAUCCUCGCUUUCCUCCUCUUCACAGCCCUCGUAACCGCCAACGUCGAGAAGACCAUCUUCCUAGCCCCUCCCCCUACCACAAUUCCAACCCCACAUCCGCCAAUCGACGACCUAGGUCUCGCGCGCCUCUCCCCCUCCCACCCCAUCCUCCGCACACACCUCAACGCAUCCUUCCCAACCCAGUUCUCACCAGGGACCGAAUCCUGGUUCUUCCUCCAAAACCUCACGCCUGGUCGACGCUAUGAAGUACGCAUAUGCUGGCUAGCAACUCCUAUACUGACUCUAUGGGGAAAAAAGCAACCAACAUCCUUCACCCUUACAACAUACACCCUCCCGCACGCCCUCUCAGACACCUUCCUCCUCUCCUCCAUAACAAACUACUCCUCCCUGCGCCUCGCCAGCACCCCAAACUCCGAACUCGACCUCGACCUCGACGACACAACCACCACCAACUUCAACCCCGAAACCCCCCUCGACAGCAACGAACCCAUCACGGACUCCGUCCUGUUCCUACGUAUCCGCGCCGCGGCAGAUUACUACACCACGGAUAAGGAGCUGAUGACACAUGUGCCGCCCGUGGCGGUGGAUGUGAUUCUGGAUCCGUUUCUGGGUAAUGUGUUUCCGCGGUCGUUGGUGCCGACGGCGUGCUACGGGGUGAUUGUGGCUGUAGUGGCUGUUUUGGUUGGAAAGUGGGUGGUUGGGGAGUUAGGGAGAGUGGUAGAUGAUAUGGCUGAGGAGAGGGAGAAGGAGGAGGGAGAUGAGGAUGUGGAUGGGGAUGGGGAGGUAGUAGUAGAUGGGGUGAGAGAGGGGAAGAAGGUGCGGUGA